AUGGUGCAGUUUGAAAAGUAUUUCUCUUUCCAGAUUUUCUUCAUAUUCCUAAGGGAAUCUGUCGAGAUCGUGAUCAUCGUCUCGAUCUUAUUGACCAUCAUCAAGCAGGCACUAUCAGGAGUCGAAUCGAAUUUAACUAAACGUGAUCUCUCUGGUCAUUCUUCUCCUGAGGAAGAAUACUUAGCAGUUCCUGCUAGUCAGGCAGAAGAUGAGUUUGCACCUGUAGUUGAAAACCGGCAACUAUAUAAAAGAUUAAAGGUUCAGGUUCUUGCUGGAGGAGCUCUAGGAUUGCUUUGUUGUUUACUUAUAGGCUCUUUAUUUAUCUUUUUGUUCUAUCUAAUUGGGACAGACAUAUGGUCCCUCAGUGAGCACUACUAUGAAGGUGUCCUAAGUCUUCUUGCAUCAGUCAUAAUAUCUGUCAUGGGGUUGUUUUUCUUGCAGAUGGGUAAGAUUAAAGAGCGGUUCCGUGUUAAAUUGGCUUCUAUCCUUUACGCAGGAUGUGAUGCCAAGGUAGAUGGUACUCCCUCAAUGAAGGUGAAGUUCCGUGAAAAAUACGCAUUAUUCAUUUUACCAUUUGUAACAGCAUUAAGAGAAGGUUUGGAAGCUGUCAUUUUCAUUGGUGGAAUCGGACUUGAUCAGCCAUUAACUUCUAUACCGUUAUCAAUGUUGGCGGCUAUCGCUAUUAGUGUUCUGUUCGGCAACAUGUUCGUCCGCUCGUCGAAGUCUCUCUCAUUGAACAUCUGUCUCAUAGUUGCUACAUGCAUGCUUUACUUGAUUGCAGCAGGCUUAUUUUCGAAGGGCGUGUGGCAGUUUGAGCUUCAGCACUAUAUUGACCUUUGUGAUGGUCAGGAUAUGGCAGAAGUGGGUAGUGGUCCCGGCUCAUACGAUAUUUCACGUUCUGUGUGGCAUGUUAAUUGCUGUAACGGUGAGCGCGAUGGCUUCUGGAUGCUUUUUACCGCUUUCUUCGGUUGGACCAAUAGCGCUACAUAUGGUUCAGUUAUCAGCUAUAUAUGCUAUUGGCUCGUUAUUAUCGCAGUAAUCAAUUUGAUAAUGAUAGAACAAAAGCACGGAUAUAUCCCAUUCCUGCCCAUUCGUUUUCAGGUAAAACGGAUGAAAGCUAAACUUGCAAUGGCCAAGGCCUCACUAGAUUUGAAACAUAAACAGCUAGCAGGAAGUCAACUAGUUGCUAAUACCGAACCCAGAUUGUCGCAAGACAGUAUGCAUUCUGAUACUGCUCUGCUGAGUACAGUAUCCAUUAAUACUAAUUCUUAA